UAAGAGAGUAAACUGGACUAGAAUUUUACAUUCUAGGUGAUACAAUUUACUUUUAUUGGAUCUACUAGGAGAAUUUCAUAUAGGACUUGUAAAAUGCUUGGUUGUUUGUGUCUUUGUUUCCCUCUUUAUGAUCUGCUAAAACAAUGAGAUAUUCUGUUCUUGUAGACACUUAUGCUAAAAUGCCUCUAUGUUUCUGACUCUGAACAUGUCCAGAGUGCAUCACCUUGUCUAUUCAGUAUAAAGGGACAAUGCAGUUCUUACCCUUUCGUUGUGUUACUCAGGUGGAGCAUCUUCAAACAAGAACGACCAGGUACGGUUCCUCAAGUUGAUGAAAAGGUUGUCGUUUGUUCUUGAGCUGGACUUCGAGCUAUCCAAUGCCUCCUUCCCCUUCUCUGUCAAAGUCCAUUGGCAAUGGUGUGCAGUUCCUCAACGGGCACCUGUCAUCAAAGCCUCUUACAUGACAAGGAGAUCAUGUACCACUUUCUUAACUUCAUUUGCGUUCACAACUACAAGGGGAUGGUGCCACUAUUCAGGUUCCUGACCUCCCUGACAGGGGACACCUCUGAAGGAUAUAACAAGUGGGUCCAUAAAAAUACCAUGUUAGCUGAGGAAGUAGCCAAGAAAACAAUGGAGCUUGAACCUAGGAGCAUUGGGUCUCAUGUAGUAUUGUCAAAUAUGUAUUCAGCUUCUGGGAGAUGGAAUGAAGCAGCACACCUACGAGAAUCCAUGAGAAAAAAGGGUAUGAAGAAGGAUCCAGCUUGUAGUUGGAUUGAAGUGAAGAGCAAACUGCAUGUCUUUGUAGCUCAUGAUUGGUCCCACCCUUGGUAUGACAGGAUUAUUGAUGCACUGAAUGCUUUCUCAGAGCAGAUGGCACGCGAAGGUCAUGUACCCAAUACAGAGGAUGUUUUCCAGGAUAUUGAAGAAGAUCACAAGUCAUAUGUGUUAUGUGGUCACAGUGAGAAACUUGCUAUAGUGUUUGGUAUUAUAAGCACGCCUGCUGGAAAAAACAUUCGUGUGAUGAAGAAUCUCCGAGUCUGUAUUGAUUGGCACACAGUAACUAAAUUUAUUUCAAAGUUAGCUGAUAGGGAGAUUGUGCUGUGUGAUGCAAACCGUUUCCACCACUUUAAGGAUGGAAAUUGUUCCCGCGGGGACUUUUGGUGAUCGGGUAACCACUUGGGAUUAUCAUAUGUGUUGCGAUAUAAAGUGAAUUGCUUAUUUUUCUCUAUCAACUUAAGCUUUUAGGUUGAAUUGGUCGGAUCAUGCAACGAGUUUCAAUCAUUGCGAGAACAUUAGAGCCAUCUAAACACUAUAUGUUCUUACUCUUUGAUUAUAUUAAGGUAAACUUACUCUUCUUACUUUCAAUAGCUGCUCUAUCACUGUACAAAAUUCAGCUCGUUGAGUGUGUUGAGAUAUUUUUUGUACAUGAAAUUGCAGUUUCAUCUGCUUUUGAUGCCAAUUCUGCAAUCCAUCAAAGUACUAGCUACAGUGUGCUCAAUUUCUCAAAUUAUGUUUUCAUUGUUGAAUCAUGGUCACCUUAUCCCCACCUUGCAUAAAGAAUAAAGAAAGGUAUGGAUUCUUGAAGUGUGCUUCAAUAGUUAAUCAUCCAACCUCAAUGUCCACCUUAACAGUGGUAAACACUGAAUGAUAGCACCAAUACCCAUACUAUAUUGAAUGUAGCAUCACCUUGCAUUGUGUAGCUGUAUUGAAUAUAGCACCAACACUCAUACUUGUAAUCAUUUGACUGAGUGAGCACCCUGCAGCAAUCUUUUUCUGAAUCAAGAUCUUUCAUGGGCUGUUAUCUCAGUUUCUUCUCAUGUUUGACCAUAUGCUCAUAACAUUUGCUCCCUCUGUUCACAAAUAUAUUAGGUUGUUGACUUUUUUCUAAAACUUUGACAACUCAUCAUAUUUGGUGAACUUGACAAAUAUCUAUCUGAAGAUACAGAAAACGAUUGUCAUUCUCAUUUGGUGGAAGGUGCUUCUCCAAAGUGACAGGAUAGCUGGAUAAUGAGUGUGUCUGUGUGCAACCGGUGCUGCCUGUGUGUCUGUGCAUGUCCAUGUCCUCCUUUGGCGUUGGCGAUCUCCCUGUCUCCUUGUGUGCAAGUGCAACACUGGAAGUCUGCAAUCGGUGCUGGCGUGCUGCACUGCUGCCUGUGUCGAUUGUGUCUUUGUCUGUGUGUGCAUGAGCCAUAUCUCUGUCUCUAUUUGGCAUUGGCGUCUUGGGCUCUUGGAUCUUGGAGAAUUGUGAUUGGCGAUGUCCCUGUCUCCCUGUGAGUGUGUGCAACCGGUAAUAGCAGUAGCACUACUGCAGAGAACCUGAAUGUAUUUUUCAUGCUGCCAGCCUGCCAGUCUAUGAACUAUGAUCAAUGUGAAUCAAAACUUUGUAUUCAAA